AUGCGCCUACUCGUGGGCCGUCGGAGUCAUCGAUCGGCCCUCGAUUUACAUGCUCGGGACAAGCCUGUUGGCUGGUUCAACGAUUACACCCAGUACUGCCCGAAAACUGAGGACUGUCAGGACCGCGCGUUCGAGGCGCAACAGAGCCGCGAUGUGUGGCUCUACGAGUUCGUCCCGUCCGCACUGGCGUGGCUCAAGGUGUCGACGGGCGUGGUCGGCGAGCGCGAAUCCCCGGGAUACCGCGGUGCGGUCAAGGGCCACGUUGGAGCACAUCCCGGGCUCGUACUGCCCGAGCCGUCCAAAGGCCGCCUUGACCGAGAUCAAAUUAAAUAG